AAUCAUCCUUAUUGGAAGUACAGUUGAUCAAUAUUCUCUACUGUUUUUCCUUUCUCUCUCUUCAACCACCUUUCACCUAUCUUGUACUAGUGGUCUUUAACCGACAAAUAUGGCGGCAGCAACUCGGCGAUCAAGCGGACCAGUGCUCCGUUCGCUCUCACCUUCUGGAAGAUUCUAUUCCUCCAGAACGCGGUCAUUCUCCUGCUCCUCCUCCUCUUCAUCAGCUUUCGCUUCGUCGACAUCUACUUUUUCAGCUCGCUCCUACCCUUCCACUCUCCUUCACAGAUCGACUUCUCCUACCCGCGUCAAUCUAUAUAGUUCUGCUCCUUCCGCUGCCUCGGUUCGGUUUUCAUUGGACCGGCCUAUUUCCCCCAACCGUUCCAUUUCCAUGGUGAACAAGAAAAACCAGGUGGUUCAGAAGUCUCAGAAGCGGACUUGUAUGUGCUCUCCUUCAAAUCAUCCUGGCUCGUUCCGCUGCAGCUUGCAUAAGAGUAUUGGCCACAGUAGUAGCAGCAGCAGUCAUACCCAAACGGCGCCGUACAACUCGAACCGGUUGAACAUGAGGAGGUCCGCGAUGACGAAUUCUUUGGUGAGAAUCGGAACCGUGGAGGGAGAUUUGGUGAAGAGAGCUUUGGCGGCUUUAAUUCGUCCUUCUUCUCAUCACCAGCGCCGCCGCGGGGAUUUCCAUCCUCGGCCUAGCCGCCUCUCUGCCAUGUCUAAAGCGGAGGGCUCUUCUUGAGGAACCGAAACGCGAACUCUUAAACAGGUUUUUGUGAAUUUUGGCUGUUCUUCCGAGAAGAGAGGAGAAGGCGCGGCAGUGAGGGUGACGCCAGAGGUGACGUCAGAAAGAGUUGACUGGUGGUGCGAUGGUGGAGGUCGAAGCGGAACGUGUUUUAGUGUCUCCGUGACCGAAACCCUAGGAAUCCGGCCACAGAGACCACCUGUGUAUAUACCUAUGUGCAUAUAGUAUAGCAAGUUACGGACUUCAUCUGAAAAAAUUGCAGAGAAUUUUAAUUUGCAAUAUAAUUCCGAAGAUCUCUCUUAAAUCAA